AGAAAUUCUGAAUGAUCAUUUGACAAGACAUGAUCCGUGUAGUUUUUACCAUUCAGUAUUAAAGAUGGUAACCAGUGUUGUGCGCAGUGUCUACCUCUCUAAGCUGAUCAAACCUGUGAUUGGCGGCAGUGUGAAUCAUGUGACCUCAAGGAGAUUGAGCACUUCUCAAAUCGUUCAUCGAGCAGCAGGAGGAAGUCCAGAGGAUGCUCUGACCAAGGAGUACGAUGCUAUCAUCAUAGGAGCUGGUCAUAACGGACUCACUGCGUCUGCGUAUCUUCAGAAAGCCGGUCUGAAGACAUUAGUUCUGGAGAAGAGACAUGUUAUAGGAGGAGCGGCAGUAACUGAAGAGAUUGUACCAGGAUUCAAGUUCUCAAGAUGCUCAUAUGUACUGAGUCUUUUAAGACCGGAUAUCUACAAAGAUCUGGAACUUAAGAAACACGGAUUGAAAGUUCACAUCAGGAAGGCCUACGCCUACACCCCGUUACUUGAGGCCCCGGGUUCCAGCGGCAGACCAAGAUCUCUCCUUCUUACUUGUGAUGAUAAGCAGACGUAUGAACAGAUUGCACAGUUCUCUGAGAAAGAUGCAAGGAAUUAUUUUGAGUAUGAGCAUCAGAUGACGGCCAUAGCUCAAGCCAUCGGACCUCUUUUGGAUGCACCACCUGUAGAGUUGUCUGCACUCGGUAGUGGCUCACUAAGGGAACGUUUGGCUAUGUGGCCAGCUAUUAAAGCUGCUUUGAAAUCAGGUAAAGCUUUGGGGAAAAAUCUUCCACAAUUCUAUGAGCUCUUAACUGCACCAAUGGACAAGAUCCUGGAUCGUUGGUUUGAGUCUGAGCCUCUUAAAGCUACCUUAGCAACAGAUUCAGUCAUAGGUGCUAUGGUAACGCCCAGCACACCUGGUAGCGGGUAUGUGUUGAUACAUCAUGUGAUGGGUGAAGUAGAAGGGAUCAAGGGGGCAUGGGGCUAUGCUGAGGGAGGCAUGGGGUCAGUGUCAGGGAGUAUUGCUAGUGCUGCUAAGGCCCAUGGAGCUACCAUUCUAACAGAGAAGCCAGUGGAUACCAUCAUGUUAGACGGCAACCAGAGAGCAUGUGGUGUUGUCUUGGAAGACGGAACUGAAAUAAGAAGCAAGAUGGUCCUCUCCAACGCCACGGCCAGACUUACCUACUUGAAUCUGACCCCACAGGAAGCUCUUCCAAAGGAGUUCAUUCAAGAGGUCAAAGCUAUUGAUUAUAAAUCACCUGUCACAAAAAUCAAUGUGGCUGUGGACCGACUUCCAAACUUCAAAGCCAGUCCUACAGACUCCAAUCAGCCCGGUCCCCAUCACACCUGUACCAUCCACUUAAACUGCGAGACGACCCAGCUGUUGACCGAUGCCUACGAGCCGUGUCAGAAGGGUCAAAUUGCAGAUCGACCCAUGAUUGAGAUGUGUAUACCAUCCUCAAUGGAUCGUACCAUUGCUCCAGAGGGAUGUCAUGUCCUUAGUCUUUUCACCCAGUAUACACCGUAUCAUUUAGCUGAUGGGAAAGAGUGGGAUGAGGAGACCAAGAAUGCCUAUGCUGAUAAAGUCUUCGACAACAUUGAGAAUUAUUGUCCCGGGUUCAAAUCCAGUGUGAUUGGAAGAGACAUCUUACCACCGCCUGAAUUGGAGAGAAUCUUUGGACUAACAGGAGGGAACAUUUUUCAUGGAGCGAUGUCGUUAGACCAGUUGUACUUUGCAAGGCCUGUCAUGUCCAGCUCUAGUUAUCGUUCACCAGUUGCUGGUCUGUACCUGUGUGGUAGUGGAGCUCAUCCAGGUGGUGGAGUUAUGGGUGCCCCAGGCAGAAAUGCUGCUCAUGUGGCUAGCAUGGAUCUCAAGAAGCAAGGUUAUAAGAAGUAGCAGCUUUUAUAAUUAUAAAGAAUAAUAACUCUUAUAAAGCACAUUUCACAAUAACCGUAUCAAUGCGCUUUACA